GCAACUUCCAAGAGCUUUUCACGAUCGUCUCGUAACCUCACAUCGAACUACAACACGACGGCCCAGCCGUAAGACUUGUGCUCAAGACAAAGUCUUUGAUCAGGCGACCAACGCCACGUCACAGUAGCACCCCUUGCUCCCGCUCCACCGACUUGGGAUACCCAUAAGACAUGCCCGCCAUCCGAACACAUGCGUCACGAAACAAGAAACCGCCGGCAGGCUUUGACAACAUACGCGAUGAUCUUGAAGUCUUCAACAUCAAGAUGAAGGAUGCUCAGAAUGCGCCGAAUAACAACGUGGCCAAGUCGCAGGCGACGUGGCCCAUCUUCCAAAUCGCCCAUCAACGCAGCCGUUAUGUAUACGAGCUUUAUUACGAGAAGGAAGCGAUCAGCAAGCAGCUCUAUGACUGGCUGUUGAAGAAUGGCUACGCCGAUGCCAUGCUGAUUGCGAAAUGGAAGAAGCAGGGCUACGAAAAGCUAUGCUGUUUACGGUGUAUCCAGACGAAAGAGACCAACUUCCAGUCGACUUGUAUAUGCAGGGUGCCAAAGGCCCAAAUGAAGGACGAAGGCGAUAUCCAGUGCGCAAGCUGCGGGUGUCGAGGAUGUGCCUCGAGUGAUUGAGGCGGCCUUUAUGGCAGAAUACGAGAUACCCAUUGUUGCUUCUUGUUUUUGCGUGGCGUUCGUGGUUACAUGGGCAUAGAAAUCGCGGUGCAUAGCAUGAUACAGGCAUACAGUAAUGACGACCGGGACGACCGCUAGGCGGGCUUGGGAACAUGUCGAGCUUGCAGCUCUGUCGAGUCGACGUUGCGUGGUCCGUAGUGCAUGCCAGAGGCGCCGUGCGGUCGUCCUCGGGGGGAAUUGCUUGCCAAGCAGAGCGAACGGGAUUAUUGAGUUGCCAGCAGUUUUGCCUGGCGUCCAAGGGGUGCCCAUCAUCAAAAGUACUUUUCUCUGGGCCAUGACAAGUCGAGUUGACCACAUUUCGCAGAAGCCUAGACACCGGU